AUGCGCGACCAGUCGGGUCCGCUGCACGAGAGGAGAUCCCUGCGCUCGAUGCGAGUCAAAAGCAGGGAGGAGAACACCGAACCAGAGACGGGGUCGAGGAUUGAUCCACAGGUCUCGCAGCCUGAGGCAACGCAAACAAGUUCACUGGAGCCCGCGGCUAGACUCAGCAACAACGCAGGUUGGGCCCAGGACUCCCAACCCUUGGGAGACCCACCCGUUUAUGAUUCCCGGGUUGGAAAUCCGCUUGACUCAGAUAUCCCAUACGACCCCGGGAUGUUUGGGCUCUCUCCAGGCGAUGAAUUGGCUCACCGCCCCUUGUCGGCAAUCAACUGGCUUUCACCGGAUGAGAGAAUCCUCCAGGAAUGGGCAAGUCAACUCGCUGGCAUCCCGGACGACAGUAUAUUCCCAACGGGUUUCGCCCUGCCAGAUGCCCCCGGCCUACCCCCGCUCCUCAGCGCGCAGCCUACCUUGGGUUGGGAUCCCGUGCGCCAGUCACCUACCCAUCAAGCGCAGAUGGAAACCCCAGCCGAGAUGAUGAGCUGCCCGGAGCGUGCAGCGACGGAAUCUUCAGAAAAGCCAAUGGAUGAACAAUCGUCACAUAGUUCUCAAGCCACAUUUAGCAAAUACUACGUGCACGGUAUCGCAUGGCGAGCCCCAUUUCAAAGCAGAUUUCGGAAGGGGCAAGUCAUGAGUUCUGUGGAUAGAGACAGCGGGACAAUGUCGGCUCCCUCGAGCGCAUCGAUCGGAUCUGUCGCCAACAUGGACGGAGCCGGAUCAUCGUUGAGCAAAUGGUUGGCCGAAGAUGUCUAUGCCAGGAUUAUCCGAGGCGUUGAAGAAGAGACUCAGGCAUCGUCAAGUUUUCCUUCGCUUCAGGCCAUCCGGCUCUGCGUGCUUCUAUACUUUGAGCGCCUGCACCCGAACUUCCCUUUUUUAAGCAAAACAGCCUACGUAGACGAGAAGCCGCAUUGGAUACUUUCGCUGGCAGUGGGCGGGGUAGGAGCUGCUUAUUUGCGCUCCUCGGAAGGCUCACAAUGGAAAGACAUUUUGAUGCAAGCACUAGACCGGAUUCUAUCCCGUCGAUUGCAUCAAAUUCAACGUCGGGUGAAUACCACUCUCCCUGCAACCAACAUCUUCGAUACGGCGAACCCAGUCGAGGAUGUUCUGCCACUGAUCCAAGCGAAGGUUUUGCAUUUGUUGUGUAUGCUUCAUAGCAGCCCGUCAUACAUUGCCCAGCGUGCAGUAUUUGAGCGGGCUGACUUGGUGCAGUGGUGCUCGUUUCUUAACCUAGUCCCAGAUUCUGUAGGUGUCUCUAGAUUGAAUACCGGCUGCAAGGACAUCCAACAGUGGAUAAUGGAACAAUCGUCACUGAGAACCGGGAUGUUGAUAUGGCUAUUAGAUUCCAUGGUCGCCUAUGAGUUGAACUGCAAUCACCUUAUGAAGCUGGGAGACCUUAAAGGCCGGCUGCCCUGCCAUGAGGCGGCCUGGGAGCGUCCAUCGCCUGAAAAUAUAGAUUUUGCUGAAAGCGUUUCCAUCUCUCUUUUGGAUGCGCUCGAUCUGAUUUAUAUCGAAAAACGCCUUCCUCCUCAGCUCAGCCAGUUCAGCCAGACUCUGCUCAUCCAUGCUAUCUACCGACGGACCACAGAGGUCGCCGACCAGAGCCGCAUGCGAUUGUCAUCAUGGAGCCCCACAGACAGCGUGCAAAUAACGGCUCCAUUGCCGGCUCCAGCUCAAGUGGUGUGGCCUCCGUCAAGCAGCAUCUUCGUGAAGUGGCGCAACGCUGCCUGUGACUCAUUGGACGUCCUGCACUGUACAGCGAAUAGUCGUGCUGCCGAAUCAUGCCGCGAAGAGCCCAUCAUCUUGUACCUGCAUCUCGCUAGACUGAUCCUCCUGUCUCCGAUCGUUCACUUUCAAACUCUGGCACAAGACCCGCUACUGCGAACCCAGGGUGGGCCUUCUGUAAAUCCGUCUCACCAAGAAAGAUUUGAGCACGCUCGUAGUCAGGUAUUCCAAUGGGCAAUUCGAGAUCAAUUCAAGGCCCGGCUGUCCGUCAUCCAUGCCGGGGCCCUUCUAUGGCACGUUCGUCGAUUCAGCACUGAUAACGUCAUCGAGCCGUUCAGUAUCUAUAUGGCGACCCUCCUUCUUUGGGCAUACAGCCUGUCCGCACAAACAGUCAGAGUGCAAAGCAAUAUGACCCACCAGGACGGAAGGGGUAACUAUGCACCUUCGUCGGGUCAAAUUCCCAGAGAUCAUUUACUGGCAGACGAAGACAGCGCAGCAACCGAUCAAUCUGAUGCAGAGCCACGUUUGAUAUAUCUCGAUCGACCUCUAGAUGAUGAGCUUGUGCAGAUGUAUAUACGCAUUGGGGACAAGGUAUCCGCUCACCUUAAAGGCGUUGGGGAUAUUACCAGUGAUGGCGCGCCACUGAAAAUCCUCAAACAAGGAUUUUACUUGCUUGCCGGGGAGAGGUACCGUGGGAGGGACAGCUUAAUCAGCACGACUGGGGGGAGAGUCUUUCAUACCUGGGAUAUACAGCGAUUGUACGCGACAACAAUAAGUUGUUUGAUUGAAGCGAGCUGA